AUGGAAAAGAUAUAUAGAUACAGGGAAGGAAUGAUGAUUGAAUGUACAUUAAAAAGAAGUAAUCCGCCAGAAGUAAAUUACAACUGGUAUUCGCUUGACACCACCAUUUGGAAAUUAACCGAAAAAUUACCUAUCUUACGACUUGACAGUCAAUCAAAAUUGGAUAUGAAAUAUAAGUGCAGAGCCGAGAACACUGUUGGUAGUACAUCUAAAAUCAUUGAGGUGGUCAAGGAUGGUGUCUGUACUGAAU